AUCGAUGCUUCUCCACCACUAAUUCCUACUACAAGGCAAUAUUUUCCGCAUGCAACCAAAAAAUGCAAGCAUAGAACUUAUAAUUGCCAAGCCGAUUCUAUUUGGGUAGCCCCACAGUAGCAGCAGGAUCCACAACUGUUCGGAGAAGCCCUCUCCGCCUCCGUCACGAACGAUAGAAGUCAAACAGUGCCUUUGACUUUGGCUGAGCCCUGCAAAAUUUGUGUCAGCCGUGUGCGAAAGUCGAAAAAAAACACCUCUGCUGAUUUUGAAAAGUCCCUGCGAAGAAAAAGGACAGACCGGCACCAGCAGGAGCAGGAAGCAGUAACGGCUACAGGCUGCCUUGGCCCGAGCUAUGAGUGCUGCAAAGAAGUAUAAGCCCAUGGACACAACAGAGCCGAACGAAAACACUGAGAACAUUACCGCCUGCUUGAAAAAGGCGGAAACCGCAGCCGCUGCCGCCGCCUCGACCCAGGGACGCAGCGCCUUCGCCGCCCAGAACAUGAACUCGGCCGCAUCUACAAAUGGCGAGCGCUUGCCAAACUUCUCCAAGCUUGGCGGCCACCAUGGGGAGAUUCGAACAGCAUCAACUACCUCAAACCUCCUUAAUCGCAUGGGAGCCAUUCACAACAGCAAGCCAGGCGAUGUUAAGAAAAUAGUGAUUAAGAACUUUAAGGCUAAGCCUACACUGCCCGAUAACUACUCCGAGGACACUUAUGUGAAGCUCGAGGAAGCGGUUAUUGCCAUUCAACUGUCAAAACCCAUCAAAUAUUCGCUGGAGGAACUCUACCAAGCCGUGGUGAACAUGUGUAGCCAUAAGAUGGACGCGCAGUUGUAUGCGAAGCUCAAGGAAUUGACAGAACAGCAUGUGAAGCGCAAUAUUAAACUCAAGGAACUAACCGGCGGCAGCUUGGACAAGCUGGUAUUGCUGGAAAAGAUAAACCACUGGUGGCUGUCAUUUUGCCAGCAAAUGAUCAUGAUUCGUAGCAUUUUUCUUUACAUGGAUCGCACCUAUGUGCUGCAGAACUCCUCCAUCCACUCGAUCUGGGACAUGGGGCUGGACCUCUUCCGCAUUCACUUUGCUCAGAACAAUGUCGUCCAGAAGCGGACUGUCGACGGUCUGCUGACCUUGAUAGAGAAGGAGCGCCAGGGCUCGACCGUAGACCGCGGACUUCUAAAGAGCCUGGUGCGCAUGCUAUGCGACUUACAGAUCUAUACCAGCUCGUUUGAAGAAAAGUUUCUCGACGCCACCAAUCAGUUGUACAAGGCUGAAAGUCAACGAAAGAUGCAAGAGUUGGAAGUGCCCGAGUACUUGCAGCACGUCAACAAGCGGCUGGCCGAGGAGAACGAACGGUUGUUGCACUAUUUGGACUCAAGCACAAAACACCCCCUGAUAUACAAUGUGGAGAAAGAGUUGUUAGCAGAGCAUCUAACGACCAUUUUGCAGAAGGGGUUAGAUGCUCUGCUUGAGGAUAACAGACUGAACGACCUUACACUGUUGUAUGGUCUUUUAAGCCGCGUCAAGAACGGUACUUCCGAGCUGUGUGGAAACUUCAACGGAUACAUAAAGAAAAAGGGACGCACCAUUGUCAUCGAUCCCGAGAAGGAUAAGAGCAUGGUCCAAGACCUGCUUGAUUUCAAAGACAAAAUGGACAUCAUCGUCCGUAAUUGCUUUGAGCACAAUGAAAAGUUCACAAAUUCGUUGCGCGAGGCCUUCGAGUUCUUUAUCAAUCAGCGCGCCAACAAGCCGGCCGAACUCAUUGCCAAAUAUGUUGACAUGAAACUUCGAUCCGGCAACAAGGGCACCACCGACGAGGAGCUGGAAAAGACUUUGGACAAGAUCAUGGUUCUGUUUCGCUUCAUUCACGGCAAGGAUGUGUUCGAAGCCUUCUACAAAAAGGAUUUGGCCAAGCGUUUGCUGGUGGGAAAAUCUGCUUCUGUAGACUCUGAAAAGAGUAUGCUAUCCAAACUGAAGCAGGAGUGUGGUGGAGGGUUCACCUCGAAGUUGGAGGGCAUGUUCAAGGACAUGGAGCUGAGUCGAGACAUCAAUAUAGCGUUCCGUGGACAUGCGCUGAGCAAUAAUCGCGACGUCCACAACCUAGACUUGUCCGUCAGCAUUCUGACCAUGGGCUAUUGGCCAACGUAUGCGCCCACAGAAGUCACUAUGCCGCCACAGUUUAUCAAUCCCCAGCAGAUCUUCAAUAAGUUCUAUCUGGAAAAGCACAGCGGUCGCAAGCUGCAGUGGCAGCCAACGUUGGGAAAUUGCAUGCUGCGGGCACAGUUUGAUGCGGGUUCAAAAGAGUUACUGGUGUCGCUGUUUCAAGCUCUGGUCCUUCUUCUGUUCAACGACAAGAAAGCUUUAAGCUACGAAGAGAUAUUGGCCGCCACCAGCAUCGAGGAUGGAGAGCUCCGUCGGACAUUGCAGUCGCUGGCGUGCGGUCGUGCCCGCGUUAUAACGAAAACACCGAAAGGUCGGGAUAUUGAGGAUGGUGAUCAAUUUGAUUUCAACAACGAGUUCACCAACAAGUUGUUCAGAAUCAAGAUCAACCAAAUUCAGAUGAAGGAAACGAACGAGGAACAAAAGGCAACGGAGGAGCGUGUUUUCCAAGAUCGCCAGUAUCAAAUUGAUGCUGCCAUUGUGCGCAUUAUGAAAAUGCGCAAAACGCUGAGCCACAACCUACUCAUCACCGAAUUGUUCAACCAGCUGACCUUCCCUGUUAAGCCUGCUGACUUAAAGAAACGCAUCGAGUCGCUCAUCGAUCGCGACUACAUGGAGCGGGAUAAGGAUAAUCAAAAUCAAUACAACUAUGUGGCAUAAGCUGCCCCAGACUCUGUGAACACCGAUUGUAAUUUUCUUUUCAAUUACCAUAUGCAUACUUACUAAGAGUCCAAUGAAAUGUUUGGAAGUAUUUCUUGGCCGGUUGGUAUUGGUCUGCGAGUUAGUCGGCGCUAGUUGCGUUACUAUAACUUUUAUAACUAGAUCCGUUGUACACGCCCCAGCUAAUGGUAGUCUAGAUGCUACAAUUCUUUUUUGUAAGUUACCUUAUCAACCAAUAAAUUAAGCGUUUUAUUUACAAGCCA